UACGAGUACACCGAAACCAACUAAAAUAUAAUAAUUCUUCCUCCUUAGUGGACAUGUAAUGUAUUGUCUUACCAGCUUUGGCAGUUGUAGUUUUAUUUUUCAAAUUCAGUCGAUUUGUUGGAAUUUUUAUAUCAUUACCGCAAACCCCAGAAACAAUAAUGGGAUGUCAUGUUUUGGCGUGCGUCGUUUUUACGUUUGUCUUCUUCACAUACUCUGUCUGCAGCAGUGCAUCCAUCUCUGACGGGAGAACCCGCCAUUUUGAAAAGAAUAUUGCGUCAACGAAGUACUAUAGGGGCUCAAAUAUGUCAUUAUGGUCUAACUCGAAAACCAGAUUACGGUUAGCGGAUCUUGCACAAACCGAAGGAGAUGAUGAGUAUUUGAAUCACAUUAUCAAAGCUUUAUCAUUGAGCAGACGAAGGCGAGAUAGUAGCGAAGAGUCAGAUGCUGAAUCUGAGGUGGAAUCUGAAUCUGAAUCCGAAUCAUCGACAUCUGAAUCCGAAUCCGAAGUAGAAUCUGAAAUGCAAUCGGAGUUUGGACUGCUGGCUAGCAACCUGACGAGCUCAGCAAAUUCGAGAUUUAAGAGCAUUGGGACUUUUUGGAGGGCAAAUUGGGGAAUUAUACCUAAAACAUUUAUUGUCACCUGUCUAAUUAUGCUCCAUGAACUUGUGUUGUCGAGAUGAAUAUAUUUUGUUAGCACGUUUCAUCUCAAGCAACGUUGUUCACCAGAAAAUAAAGUUUACACA